AUUCCUGUGGAUUUGGGUGGAGUUAUGAGCACAUGGAAAGGGGGAGGGCCCGUAAGGGGAAGUCUUCCUCUUCACACAACAGAGCUUUAAACUUCCACCAUUCAACCUUUAACUUUUCACUCCAGGAAUCAGCUUCUCUUUGCAACUUUAACUACACAAAUCAGUCACAAUGGCGAUGGUUUCUGAAUUCUUGGGUCAGCUCACGCUUAAUGUCGGGGCUGAACCCACGUACCCCACAGUGUUACCCGCCCGAGACUUUGACCCCGACAAAGACGCUGCCAGGAUAGAAACGGCCAUCAAAACUAAAGGAGUGGAUGAACAAACGAUCAUCGACAUUCUCACCAGAAGGACUUACUCCCAAAGAAGAGAAAUCGCGUUUGCUUAUGAAAGGAGAGCGAAGAAGGACAUGAUCUCGGCUCUGAAGGGGGCGCUCUCCGGCUCUCUGGAGUCCGUCGUCUUGGGUCUGAUGAAGAGCACAUCCCAGUUUGACGCCUCAGAGAUUCGAGGAUCUAUUAAGGGUUUGGGAACAGAUGAAGAGACUCUGAUUGAGAUCGUCUGCUCUCGUACCAACUCAGAGCUGCUGGAGAUCAAGAAAGUUUACAGGGAGCUGUUCAAAAAAGAGGUGGAGAAAGACAUCGCUGGAGACACUUCUGGAAACUUUGGAAAACUGCUCCUGGCCCUCGUCCAGACAAAAAGAGCCGACCCGUCUCCCAUGGUCGAUUAUGAAAAGAUCGAUCAAGACGCGAGGGCGCUUUAUGAAUCUGGAGUGAAAAUUAAAGGCACUGACGUCCCCACCUGGAUCUCCAUCAUGACGGAGAGGAGCGUCCCUCACCUCCAGAAAGUGUUUGACCGGUACAAGAGCUACAGUCCGUACGACAUGCAGGAGAGCAUCAAGAAGGAGGUCAAAGGGGAUCUGCAGAACUCUUUCUUGGUUUUGGUUCAGUGCAUUGAAAACAAACAUCUGUUCUUCGCCAACCGCCUGCACGAGGCCAUGAAGAGCAAAGGAGCCAAAGAGAAGGUGUUGACGAGGAUCAUCGUGUCCCGCUGUGAGGUGGACCUGAGGAGGAUCUGCCAAGAGUUCAAAGCCAAUUUUGGACAGUCCCUGCACAGGACCAUCUCUGAGCACACCAAGGGAGACUACCAGAAGGCCCUGCUCAGUCUGUGCGGGCCAGAGGAGUAAAAAAAAACUGCACUACUGGAACUGGAAUUUAGUUACAGCAUCAACAAGCACCUGGACAAACUCACCUCUGGACUUUAUAAGUAUUAAAACAAUGAUUUCUGUUGUAAGCAAGACUCCAAUAAAAACAUUUGAAGUUAAACAA